AUGAAGAAAAAUGUUCCAUGUGUUUGGUUGGAAGCGGAAGCAGAGGAAUCGAGUAUUCAGAUGGCUGAGAUUCAGUUGGCCGAUCCGGAAGAUCCGGAUGUUAAAUCAGCACUUGCUCGACCGUCUCCAGCAGCAAAUCAGGAUCCAUCCGACCCGAUGUCUGCUGAUGCGACAGUAAAGCGACCUAAUCUUGGAUUCUCGUACAGCACCUAA